AUGGAAGAUUUGUUUUUCGAGCCGGGCCAGGGAUUCAGUUUCUUGGUUCCGUCCCCGGAGAUCGGGGAAGUCGAGGAAAUUCACGUGGAAUGGGAACACGGAAGAGCGACGAUGAACCCUCUGACCUGGCGGUUGCUCACCCAUCCCAGGACAUUCGUCGACCGGGUGGUCAUCCACACCCUCGAAAACAACGCCACGUGA